GUGACGUUGAGAAGGUUAAGUAAAAGCACGAAUAGCUCGAAGAGUUAGCAUUUAUAACAGCUGUAUUUAUACAGGAACAAUACAGGUGCAAAAAGAGAAGCCCAACAGGAUGACCAGUAUGCUCUGUAGCAGAGCAAAAGUGGUUACCUACCUGCCAGGGCUUCAUGUCCUUGUGAGACGUAUUGUAGGAGUAAGAAGCUUCUCUGAUGAGCCACACAUCAACUUCAGACCUCCUGAUAUGGCCUUAAGGACUGUGUGGCCAGAUGAGACCAUGGGCCCAUUUGGUCCUCAGGAUAAGCGUUUCCAGCUACCUGGUAAUGUAGGAUUUGCCCGGCAUCUAGAGGCUGAAGCAGAGCAGAAGGCUGGCACCGUGCACACAACACUACCAGAUGUGCUGACCGUUCCAUCCAACAGCGAGAGGCACGAGUUCAUCCUGGCUCAGUUCAUCAGCGAGUUUAAUGGAAAAGAUGAGGCUUCCUCAGAGCAGAAGGUUGACAAUGCAGAGCAGUACUUUGACCAGUCUCAAGUGGAAUGUGCCAUACAGUCCUGCCCGGAAUUGCUGAAAAGAGACUUUGCAUCAGUGUUUCCUGAAGCUCCCUCUAGCAGUAUGAUGGUCCUUACAGUGACCCAAAGAACAAAAAAUGACAUGACCGCCUGGUCAGAGGAGGUGGACCAGGAAAGAGAGGAGCUGCUGGCUAAAUUUAUUGCAGGGGCAAAGGAGAUCUGCCAUGCACUGCACACAGAGGGCUUCUGGGCUGACUUUAUUGACCCGUCAUCUGGAUUAGCAUUCUUCGGCACCUACACGAACAACACCCUAUUCGAAACAGACGAGCGAUACCGCCAUCUGGGUUUCCAGAUCGAAGACCUGGGCUGCUGUAAGGUUAUUCGUCACUCGCUGUGGGGCACCCACGCUUUUGUAGGAACUGUUUUUACCAGCGCGCCACCCAACAGCUUGGUGAUGAAGAAGCUGCAAGGAGAUUAAUUUAUCACAAGCUUAAAACAAAUCUACUUUUUUAGUUCACAUGUAGGUGCCCCCAGAGUGCUCAGCACAACACAAGUUCUUUCUUCUGUCAGAUUUCUGUAAUCCUCCAUGGGCCACCUGAUGUAUUUGUUUUUUUUAAGAUACAGUGGGAAUCAGUGGGUGUAUGGAAUUCAAUUCAGUUCUGCUUUAUUGUGUUAGAUGUUGGUGUUGACUUUGUUUUAACCUCAUUAAUCAUUGUCAGAAGUGAAAAUGCAAGUUUUGAGACGCCCCAGCCCAAAGUUAGUCAGUAUGAACAUAUCAAAUAUAUUGUGUGGUUUAAUUGAAAUACCGUAGAUUACAUCAGUGCUUUUCCAUUCAAAUGGCAGCUUUUCUAUCGGUCUACACUACACACAAAUAAAAUUCUGAAUGUUACAAGAACAGAAAUGUGUAUAUUAUAAUACGUAGUAAAUCUAUAGUCUCAAUAUAUAUUGUUUAUUUUUAAAAAAUGUGAAUUGUACAGAUAUACUAUUAAAGUUCUGUUCAAGUCUGAACAAUGAUCAAAAUGAUCUUUAUGAUGCUUAAUACUUACUGGCUCUUUAAUUAUAUAUUAUAUCCAUGUACCUAUGUAUAUGUGUAUAUACUAUAUACUUCUCCUGCCCUCAGAGCCUUCAUAUGCACUGAUCAACCAUAACAUUAAAACCACCUCCUUGUUUUUACACUUACUGUCCUUAUUAUCAGCUCCACUUAUCAUAUAAAAGCACUUUGUAGUUCUA